AUGGGUAUCACUGUUGCAGGCAGCCAUGGCCCUGGUAGUGGAUUGGGUCAAUUAUAUAUGCCUUGGGCUGUUUAUAUUGAUAAAAACGAAAAUGUGUAUGCAGCGGAUACCAAUAAAAAUCGCAUUCAAAUGUGGGCAAGAGGUGCGACUAGUGGUGUAAUCGUAGCUGGGAAAAAUGAUAAAGGCAAAGGUCUGAAUCAGAUAGAUGCUGGUAUUACUGUGGCAGGUGGAAAUGAAAAAGGUGCAGCUGCUAAUCAAUUGAAUAGCUCCUGGGAUGUUGAAGUUGCUCGAUAUGGCAACAUUUAUGUUGCCGAUACUGACAAUAGUCAAUUUAUGAAAUGGGCUCUAGGUACAACUGAAGGCGUGCAAUUGACUGAUGCAAAUGCAUGGGGUACCGAUGCUCGCUCAUUCAAAGUUGUGUAUAGCAUAGGAUUAGACAAGGAAGGAAAUUUAUUUAUAAUUGAGGAAAGAAAUCAUUGA